AUGGUCAGUGUGCCCGGAGUGCGCGGUCCGCCGCCUCCCGGCCAUCAGGUGAUCGUGGUCCGCUCUGGAGGCGGAAGCACGGUACGUUAUGUGAUGGUGCGCGGUGGGAGUCGCGUCACACCUGCCACAGACACGGCCGCUGCUCGCGUGAAGACGUUAGCUCCGCUGGAUACGACGGCGAUGCAGCAGGGUGGUGGUUCGGGGGCGCGACCCCCAGCGUCGGUGACCCCAGCGCUGAGUGGCGCAGACAGGGUCGGUAACGGCGGUGUCGGUGACGGCGGCUGGCGGAAUGCCGCCGGGCCGGCCAAACGGAGCGACGUGCCGGCCGCGCCGCUGACCUCGCCCCUUGUCGGUGGUGGUGGCGACGCCGCGGCGGUCCCACACACGCUACCGGAAAUCGGAGCUGGAGUUACUCCGAGAUAUGCCACAGUCACCUUGGGACCGGAGUCGCGCAGUGACCCGGCGGACUCUGACGUCCCGCUGUCGAGGGAGAACUCGGCGUCGUUUCUGGACGAGAAGCCGUUCUCUCCCCGGAGUCCGAAGAAGCGCAGCCUUCCGGAAGAUGGUGAUAAGCCGGAGCGGAAGAUGAGGUUAAGGUCCGGCCUUCGUCUGGCGGGCUGUCCACCCCCUGCCAAACAGCCUCGCCUCACUGCGACUCGCAUCCCGCGCGCCGCUCGGCAGCCGCGGCAGCCGCACCGCUCUCAGGCACCGGUGGAGCGGGGCAGAGGGCGAGGUCGGGGCCGGCCGCGGAAGGUGGCGCGCUCUCCGGAGCUGCCGGAACCGGUGGUCCCCGAGCCGGUGGUGCGCGAGCCGGUGGUGCGCGAACCCACGCCGCAGCGACCGCCGGCAGUGACGCUGAGCCGCAGGGGCCGCGGCAGGAUGCCGACCCCGGCCAUUACGGAAAUGGCAGCCGUGGCUGAGGCGACGGAGAAGAUCGACGCUGCGCCUACCGCGCCUGUGCCAGCGCUGGCGACUGACACGGAAGAGCACCCUGAGGCGACAAAAACGACAGAGGAGACUGCUCAAGAGACGGAGUUACCGCCGGCCACUACCAUAUCAGCAUCAUCGGCGGCACAGGCGGUGGCUGCCUGGCACGGUUUGAUGAACAUGUCGUUAUCCAGCGUGCUCGGACCGGAGCGCGGCGGGCCGGUCGGCGGAGGGAGCAGCGCCGAUCAGGCUAGCGCGCCGCUCCCCGCCGGCCUGUCGUUCGAGGGGGUGUCGGGUUUGGUGUCCGACUCAGGCGGUAGUGACGGUGAGCUGCAGAAUGAUGAAGACAGAGAGGAAGACAGACCGACCGAGGAUUCACGGCAGGAGAUGGAUCCCAGCGGCGGAGAAGCCUGGAGCGAUACAAAGCGUAGGAGCGGCACUGACCGCGGUCAGGUCGCAGAGUCUCCGGAGAGGCCGGUGGAGCCCUCUGGCGAGAAGGACGACCAAAGCGACUUUGAAGGAGAGACGGGUUCCGCGGCCGCCCGCCCGCCAGAGCCCGAGUCUACGCUGAACACCAGCUGUCCAGAGCAGCCGUGUGAACCGUCGCCGAUCAAGUCCGUGGCUGUAGAUCGCGAGUCAGCCGUGGCCGCUGAUGUCGAUGCCUCGAGUAGCGUCGCGGAGAAAACCGAGGUCUCCCCUCUCCCGUCGGACACCCAGACGCGCGACCGAACCGGAUUCAGUUUCUCCACACCGAUGACGCUCAAGGAGAGGACUGGGGAUGCGCGCACGAGCCGAACUCUAGCCCAGGAGAUGGCCGAUCUGAGCGCUCCAGCGGACGCCGAUUGUCCGGACAUGUGCGGCCCAGGCGAGACUCUGAUGACCUCCAGCGCGGUGGAACUGGACGCCCUCAUCGAUCCCGCUGCCAGCGGGUCGUUAACGCUCAACACCUCCUCCACGGGGGCAGCUACCGCGACCACCACCGCUCCUACCACCGCUGGGCCCCCGGGACCGCGCGGCGAGCCGCCGAGAAGGACCUGCUCCUCCAGCGCGGAGGAGAACAUGUCGGCAGAGGAGCUGUUCCUGCCAGAUCUGAGCGACGACUCGCCGCCACCGGCCGAUGAGACUCCGUCGCGCUGGCUGCAGGCGCGUGUUCUGGUGAAGCGGGCCACUUCGCGUCAGGUGCAGCUCAACUGCAGCCCGCCCAAGGCGAAGACUACUACUCCUACCAAGUCGACUGGAGCUGCUGAUGGUGGCGAUGGUAACAGCAGCGCCCCUGCCGAGCGUUCCGCCGCGCCUGACACGGCCGUCUCACCGGGUGACAGGGCGCCCGGACCGCCACGCUGGCAGUGCCGCUUCUGCGAGUGGUCGGCGCUAAGCUCGGCCAGGAACGCCAUCCAGCAACACCGCGCCUCGCACAAGAACUGCUGCUACCGAUGUCGGGUCGCCUUCAGCACGAGGGAGCAGAUGGCCGCCCACCGCAAGACUGCAAAGCACCUCGGCAAGGUGGAGGAAUCCAGCCGCGGCCGCGACACCGGCAGUAGUACCAGCACCACCACCAGCAGCACCAACAACACCGACAAGAACACCAACAGCACCAGCACCGGCGGCGCUGGCGGCACCAGUGGUGGCGGGGGCUCGCCACAUGUGUUCUACUACUGCGGCGUGUGCCAGAGGAAAAUCCAUGGCCGCGUGAUGAUAGACAGGCACUUUGUGUCCAACGUGCACCUGACGCGAGCGGCCCUGUGCCGAUCGCUGCUGAAGGACGUCAGACGCAUACUGGAGAACGGUGGUGACGGCGCCAAGUCGGACGUAUCCACCGGAGAUCUGUCGGAGAUGGUGCGGGAGGUACUGGGUGACCAGUACCACGAUCUGAAACUGGCCGCGGCGUCCGGCUCGGCCCGUGGAGCGGCCGGCACCGACAGCAACAACAAUCAGGCGACUAUACACAGCAGCACCACCAGUCGCUCGACCGAGCUGAGUAUGCCGGCUCUCUCCGAGGUCAUGGACCGACUAGUGACGUCGACCGCAGGCGGUGGGGACGAGUUUGAGAACAUGUGGCUCCAGAUGGUGUCCAGGUAG